AUGGGACGCGGGCAGGAAUACGGACAAGGACAGGGACAGAAGCGUUACCCCGCGGGCUCGUUCCCCGGUGUGCAGCACCAUUUCACACACCGAGGCGAGGUUGCUUUGUGGCUAAAGAAAUUAUAUAACGGUGUGCCUAUUCCAGUAUAUGAGGUGAAUGAAAGGACAGUGGAUAUUUUGCAUGAAGUUAUGAAGUGCAAUGAAGUGAGGGAAAAGGAUGUUAUGUUGCUGAUAGAGGACAUGAAGGAUAGGGCAAGCAAGUAUGAAGCAGAAGCUGACUACUGGCACAAUAUUCUUCGACAAACCCUGGGUUUUUUUGAAAGCAGUCUGUCCGAAGAGGCCACCAACGACCUCUUUGACCUGGUAGGAAGUGCAAUAGAACUCGAAGUGGAGAACACAUCUCUUACCAGCUUCUACAGUGCCUUAAAUGACAUGACCUCGGAACUGUAUAAAACAAAAUCAAAAAACGAUGAAAUGGAAUGGAAAUUAAAGAUCCUCACGAAAAAACUAACUUCAGCACUGAUGGUGGAAAAGCAUUUAGAGAAGGAUGUUGAAAAACUGAAGACAUCUCAGAAAGCAGAACAGGCCAAAGAUGAGAUUCACUCCAAGACCUUGAAGUUCCUGCAAGAUAAAUCUAAGGAUCUGAGGAUAAGGAUCAGGGGUGCUGAGGGUGAGCUUAUUGCCAGGGGGUUGAACAAAUCCCUGACACAUGAGGCACUCAUGAAAUCAUCUGAGAAAGUGGCUGCACUGCGUAAAGAAAUAGAGCCGUUGAAGAGAGAAGUGGCGUCCUAUCUUGAUUUACCUCCUAGCAUUCGUCUGGCGCGAGUGAAGGUUGAAGAAGCGAGAAGAGAACUUAAAGCCUUGGAUGAAGAGCUCACAAGGGAGAUCGAGGCUCUGCCUUUCGAGCUGAUAUAGCCCAGCAAACCCCAGCUCACCUGAAGGGGCCUACAUGGAACAUGAUUUUCCUUCUGUUGCCUACUUACUUGCACUAGCAAUGCACUUCAGAAUUCUUACCUGUACCUUAGCAGCUUCCUGCUGUGCUCUUCUCUCUGUUGGCCUUGUGUUUGUAAACUUCACCUGUUUUUCAUUAAAUAACAUCC